UCUCUCUUGGGGCGUUGUUUUCUUCUCCUUGAGGGUUCGAACCAGGGGCCGGUGUCGCCGUCUCGUUCUACUCUUCUAAUUUUUAAGCGGCUAACUACUGAGCAAUCCAGAACCGGAACAUUUUCUCUCUCGUAGUAACUCAUGGCAGCUGCGGCUACAACGUCGGUGGUGCCGGCUAACCGCCGGCGGAUUAUGAAUCCGCAGGAGGAUAUGGAGUUCGAGACCACCGAAGGAAUAGAGCCUAUCUCGAGCUUCGAGAACAUGGGUAUCAAGGAGGAUCUGCUCCGAGGCAUCUAUGCAUAUGGCUUCGAGAAGCCCUCGGCAAUCCAGCAGCGAGCCGUUAGACCUAUUAUUGAAGGGCGAGAUGUUAUCGCUCAGGCCCAAUCUGGUACUGGCAAGACGUCUAUGAUUGCUCUCACCGUUUGCCAAGUCGUCGAUACUUCUAUUAGAGAAGUCCAGGUGUUGAUCGUGUCACCAACAAGAGAAUUGGCCUCCCAGACUGAAAAGGUUAUCUUGGCUAUUGGAGAUUACAUAAAUAUACAAGCUCAUGCAUGCAUUGGAGGUAAAAGUGUAGGUGAAGACAUACGGAAGCUUGAGUAUGGGGUUCAUGUGGUUUCUGGAACUCCUGGACGAGUUUGUGACAUGAUAAAAAGGAGAACAUUGCGAACUAGAGCCAUCAAAUUGUUAGUCCUUGACGAAUCUGAUGAAAUGUUGAGCAGAGGGUUCAAGGAUCAGAUCUAUGAUGUGUAUAGAUAUCUCCCUCCGGAGCUUCAGGUUGUCUUGAUUUCUGCCACCCUUCCUCAUGAAAUAUUGGAGAUGACAAAUAAGUUCAUGACAGAUCCUGUAAGGAUCCUCGUAAAACGUGAUGAAUUGACUUUGGAGGGCAUCAAGCAAUUUUUUGUGGCUGUUGAAAGGGAAGAUUGGAAGUUUGAUACUUUAUGUGAUCUUUAUGAUACCCUCACCAUCACACAAGCUGUUAUUUUUUGCAACACCAAGCGGAAGGUUGACUGGUUGACUGAGAAAAUGCGUAACAACAAUUUCACUGUCUCAUCAAUGCAUGGGGACAUGCCUCAGAAAGAAAGAGAUGCGAUCAUGGGAGAGUUUCGUGCUGGUACAACUCGUGUACUUAUCACAACAGAUGUUUGGGCUCGUGGUCUUGAUGUGCAGCAGGUCUCUCUAGUGAUAAACUAUGACCUUCCAAAUAAUCGAGAGCUUUAUAUUCAUCGUAUUGGUCGAUCUGGGCGCUUUGGACGCAAGGGUGUUGCUAUUAACUUCGUCAAGAGCGAUGACAUCAAGAUCCUGAGAGAUAUUGAGCAAUAUUACAGUACACAGAUUGAUGAAAUGCCAAUGAAUGUUGCUGAUCUCAUAUAAAUUGCUUUUGGUGUGCGUUGUGCUGGGUGAAGUGGAUUUGUCAUGCCUUACUUAGGGAGUAGUGUUUUAAUGUGGGUAUCUUAAAUUGGGUGAGUUUAUUUUGUUUAUGCGCUGACAUCAGUAUUUUUGUUUAUGUGCUUCUAAACUUACCAGUUGAUGAGUUUAUUCCCCCUAUACAUGGAUAUACCAGAGUGGCAGCUGCUUUUGUUCAUUUGGCUGUGAUUGAUGUAUAAAUUUAGAUUGUGGGACAAGUUGCAUUCUCUGGCUAUGUUGCCCAUGACAGUUGAAUGUAAUUUAAGCUUUAUGACAGGUGCUGAUGAUAUUUUUUUCA